GUCAGAGGAAAGAGACGUGUCCUUCCUUCCUUCCUUCCUUCCUUCCGUCGCUUGGGAGGGAAGCGGGGCAGCAGAGGUGCGGCUGACGGGGUCCAAGCUGAGCGAAGCGGCGUCGGAGCAGCAUGGAGCUUGAGACGAUGAGCAGGUAUACCAGUCCGGUGAACCCGGCUGUCUUUCCACACCUCACUGUGGUGCUCUUGGCCAUCGGCAUGUUCUUCACGGCCUGGUUCUUCGUUUAUGAAGUGACCUCUACUAAAUAUACUCGGGAUAUUUACAAGGAACUACUCAUCUCUCUGGUGGCUUCACUCUUUAUGGGCUUUGGCGUACUCUUCUUACUGCUUUGGGUUGGAAUCUAUGUGUGACAAUAAACCAAGACCUGUUUCAGGUUGUGGAAGAAUUGCUGAAGCUUUUUUAUUUUUGUACUUAAUGUGAUUCAUCACACCUGGAGUCUGUGCAAAUCCCGACACCUUGUUACAGCUAAGAAUGUCAGAUCAUCAGGUGAAUAAAGCUGACUCUGAUAAGGUGAAAA